AUGGAACGCCUCGCACUGCUCGCUGCCGCCUUGGUGGCCGCUUCACUGAGCGGUGCUCGUGCGACUUAUUUCGUUGAGCGUCAAGUGCCUGCCAAUGCUACAGGUGUCACGGCAAUCACCUCUCCUCAAGGCGCACAGACCCGCCUCAACGAAAAGACCAACAUGUUCUUUUGCUUCUUCGAAGCACGCGAGAACCCUCAAGAGAAGCCACUCAGUCUCUGGUUGAACGGGGGUCCAGGCUCGAAUUCUCUCAUCGGUCUCUUCCAAGAGCAUGGUCCUUGUGUAGGCUUCUCCUACGACACCACCGAGGUCGACGAGAAAAGCAGGUACUCGCUUGUCGACCCUGACGCAGCCAAUACCAUUCACGCUGCUGCUGUUGGUGCUUGGCACAUCUUGCAGAUCUUCUUGGAGCUUUCCCCCCAACUCGAUGCAGACAUUAAGAACCCGACCUUCAACCUCUGGACUGAGAGUCACGGAGGCCACUGCGGGCCUGGCUUUGACAAUUAUUUCUAUCGACAAAACGAGGCCAUCCGCAAUGGCUCUACCAAAGGUGUCGAACUGCACAUGGAUACUCUCGGUGUUAUCAACGGUCUCAUCGAUGAGCAGAUCCAAGCUCCUUACUACCCUGAGUUCGCUAUCAAUAACACAUACGGUAUCAAGGCGUAUAACGACACGGUCUACACUUUCGCAAAGCAAGCAUUUUACUAUCCUUGGGACUGCAAUGACCAGAUCGAGUAUUACAAGCAGCCGAACCGCAGUACCGAAGAUGGCCAGCUCGCUUGCUCGUCCGCUAUGACUAUGUCGAUCGCUUACUACUUCGUGGACUUCCUCAACCUUGCUUCCACCCAAGAAGCCCUUGGUUUCAAUAUCAACUACACAUCUGCAAGCUCUUCUCCAGUGUUCUCCUGUUUCUCUUCAACCGGUGACUUCGUCUACUCCUUCAUCGAAGACCUGUCUGAUAUCCUCGGCUACGGUGUCCGUGUUGCUCUCCUUUACAGUGGCGUUCACUACAUCUGCAACUGGUACAUCUGCAACUGGUUCGGUGGCGAAGCGGUGUCUCUUAUUAUCAACCACACUGACAAGGCUGCUUUCAACGCGGCUGGAUACACGCCGUUCCUCGUCGAUGGCGUGGAGUACGGCCAGGUACGCGAGUAUGGCAACUUUAGUUUCACGAGAAUCUACGAAGCUAGCUACGAGGUUCCAUACUAUCGGUCUGUGGCUAUUCUGAAGUAUUUUAAGCGUGUGUUGGAUCACGUUAUAAUUGCAGAUGGCAGCAAGGUCGUCAUAGAUGACUACAGCACGAAUGGCACUGCGAAGGCUACGCACACUGAGCCUUACGUUCCGCUGCCGCCCACAAGCACACCGAUAUCUUACAUUAAUACUGGUGAGAGGAGAGUGAAGACGGUCUGGCGUGACUAA